AUGGAGGGAAACGAUUUGGAGUUUGCAGUUAAUGGAGAGAGAUUCAUUGUUAACUCUGUUGAUCCUUGUACGACUUUACUCGACUUCUUGCGAUCCAACACUCCUUUCAAGAGUGUCAAGCUCGCCUGUGGGGAAGGAGGGUGUGGUGCUUGUCUCGUUGUACUAUCGAAAUACGAUCCAGAGUUAGAUCAAGUGAAUGAAUCUUGUAUAAACUCUUGUCUCACGCUUCUCUGCAGUGUAAAUGGAUGCUCCAUUACCACAUCAGAGGGUCUUGGGAACACAAAGAAAGGAUUCCACCCAAUCCACAAGAGAUUCGCCGGUUUUCACGCCACUCAAUGCGGUUUCUGCACCCCAGGGAUGUGUAUCUCUCUCUACUCAGCUCUUGCAAAUGCUGAUAACAACACCUCCAAAGAUUCUCCUCCUUCUGGAUUCUCCAGCCUCACGGUUUCUCAAGCUGAGAAAUCCGUCGCUGGAAAUCUUUGUCGAUGCACUGGUUAUCGUCCCAUUGUCGAUGCUUGUAAGAGUUUCGCUUCUGAUGUUGACAUUGAGGAUUUGGGGUUCAAUUCCUUUUGGAGAAAAGGAGAAAGCAAAGAGGUUAUGUUAAAGAAUUUGCCUCCUUACAACCCAAAAGACCAUCUUGUAACAUUCCCUGAGUUCCUAAAGAAGAAGAGUAAAGAGAUAAAGAAGCUUCAACAUGGUUUGGAUCAUUCAAGGUAUACUUGGGCCACUCCGUUUAGCGUAGCUGAGCUUCACAACAUAUUGGAAGCUGCUAAUUCUCGAGACUCGUUGAAGUUUGUUGUGGGCAACACAGGGACAGGUUACUACAAAGACGAGGAAAAGUUCGAUAGAUAUAUUGAUAUUAGCCACAUUCCGGAGAUGUUGAUGAUCAAGAAAGAUGAGAAUGGAAUUGAAAUCGGAGCAGCCGUCACAAUCUCGAAAGUUAUUGAUGCUUUGAAGGAGGAAAGCAAAUCUCCCUAUAUUUUCAAAAAAAUGGCGAAUCAUAUGGAGAAAACUAGCAAUCAUUUUAUCAGGAACUCAGGGAGUAUUGGAGGUAAUCUAGUCAUGGCACAGAGCAGAAAGUUUCCUUCUGAUAUUACCACUCUUUUGCUCGCUGCAGAUGCGUCGGUGUAUAUGUUAAAUGGCAGGAAAACUAAGAUGGUUAUGCUUUGGGAGUUUCUUGAAUUGCCUCCGGUUUUAGACUCUAAAAUAGUUCUUUUAAAGGUUGAAAUUCCAUCAUUGACUGAUUCUUCUGGUGAUGACACCGAACUGCUCUUUGAAAGCUAUCGAGCUGCACCUCGCUCUAUUGGAAACGCAUUGCCCUAUGUGAGCGCAGCUUUCUGUGCACUAGUGUCUCACCAAACACCAUCAAGAAGAGGUGUAAUGGUGGAUAAAUGCUUGUUGGCAUUUGGUUCUUAUGGCGGGGAUCAUUCAAUCAGGGCGACAAAAGUCGAGAAUUUCUUAAUGGGUAAAGUACUCAGCUACAGUGUUCUAUAUGAAGCUGUGAGUUUACUUAGAGGAAUCAUAGCUCCCGGCAAAGACACCUCGCAACCCGAGUAUAGGAAAAGCUUGGCCGUUGGAUUUCUUUUUAACUUUUUCUAUCCACUUAUCGAGAGUGGCCAUAGAAUAUGCAGUCUGGAUUCAGGGGAAAAGCAUAGCAACAGCCAUGUCGAUCCUGCAAAAUCUCUUCCCUUCCUCUCAUCGGCUCAGCAAGUGUUCGUAAGCAAUGAAUUUCAGCCUGUCGGUGAAGCGGUUAGCAAAGUUGGGGCUGCAUUACAGGCUUCUGGUGAGGCUGUUUUUGUUGAUGAUAUUCCGACUUUACCGGACUGUAUACAUGGAGCAUUCAUUUAUAGCACAGAGCCUUUGGCUAAGAUUAAAAGAAUAAGCUUCAGAGAGAACGUGACUCCUACUGGAGUUUUUGCAGUUCUUACUUUCAAGGAUAUUCCACAACAAGGACAAAACAUUGGUUCCAAGACCCUUUUUGGUCCGGGACCUUUAUUUGCAGAUGAACUAACUCGAUGUGCUGGUCAAAGAAUUGCUCUUGUGGUUGCAGACACACAGAAACAUGCAGACAGGGCAGCAAAACUUGCAGUAGUUGAGUACGAUAUACAAAACUUAGAAGAACCAAUAUUGAAUGUCGACGAUGCAGUUAAAAGAUCUAGCUUUUUCGAGGUUCAUCCAAUGUUUUACCCUGAACUAGUCGGUGAUGUUUUAAAAGGAAUGGAAGAAGCUGAGCGAAAGAUACUCUCGGUUGAGUUCAGACUUGGGUCACAGUACUUCUUCUAUAUGGAGCCACAAACGGCACUUGCAUUGCCAGAUGAAGACAAUUGUGUGAAGGUAUUCAGUUCAUCUCAAGCACCGGAGUACGCACAUGCGGUAAUUGCUACAUGUCUUGGCAUUCCAGAGCAUAACGUGCGAGUCAUCACCAGAAGAGUUGGAGGUGGCUUUGGCGGUAAAGCUGUAAAGUCGAUGCCUGUUGCAACAGCAUGUGCGCUGGCUGCUCACAAAUUGCGGCGUCCUGUUAAGAUGUAUCUAAAUCGAAAGACCGAUAUGAUAAUGGCUGGAGGAAGGCAUCCUAUGAAAAUAACUUACAAUGUCGGUUUCAGAUCAGACGGAAAGCUCACAGCACUGGAGCUGACAUUGCUAAUAGAUGCAGGGAUUGAGCCAGAUAUAAGCCCAGUCAUGCCACGGAAUAUAAUGGGUCCGCUAAGGAAGUAUGAUUGGGGAGCCUUGUCGUUUGACAUAAAAGUGUGUAAGACGAAUCUCCAGAGUAAAACAGCAAUGAGAGCUCCCGGGGAAGUACAAGGUUCAUACAUUGCGGAAGUAAUUAUCGAAAAUGUAGCCUCUUCUCUUCGAAUAAGUGUUGAUGCAGUGAGAAAGAUAAACCUUCAUACUUACGAUAGCCUCAGAAAGUUCUAUAAGCACAUUGCCGGUGACCCUGAUGAAUAUUCACUACCUUUGUUAUGGGACAAAUUAGAGAUAUCUUCAGAAUAUAAGGAACGAGCUGAGAUGGUGAAGGACUUUAAUCUCUCUAACAUAUGGCGAAAGAGGGGGAUUUCUCGUGUACCCAUUAUCCAUCAAGUUAUGCAGAGGCCGACCCCGGGAAAAGUAAGCAUUUUGAGCGAUGGUUCUGUUGUGGUCGAGGUUGGAGGAAUUGAGAUAGGGCAAGGCUUGUGGACCAAAGUACAACAAAUGGUUGCUUAUGGUCUCGGUAUGACCAAAUGCAAAGGAAGUGAAAAGCUGAUGGAGAGAAUACGGGUUGUCCAGUCCGACACACUCGGUUUGAUCCAAGGAGGUUUCACCGCGGGUAGCACAACAUCCGAGAACAGCUGUGAAGCUGUUAGGCUUUGCUGCGUAAUCUUGGUGGAGAGGCUGAAACCUACAAUGGAUAAGAUGACGAAGGAGAAGUCAGGUUGCGUGACAUGGAACAUGCUCAUUCAACAAGCGUAUGCUCAGUCUGUGAACUUAUCGGCAAGUACAUUGUAUAAACCAGAGUUGUCUUCCAUGGAAUACCUCAACUAUGGGGUUGGGGUCAGUGAGGUGGAGGUGGACCUUAUGACAGGAAGAAGCCAGAUUUUAAGAUCUGAUAUUAUUUACGACUGCGGAAAAAGUCUUAAUCCUGCAGUUGAUUUAGGGCAGAUUGAAGGAGCGUUUGUGCAAGGAAUUGGGUUCUUCAUGAUGGAAGAGUACACUACUGAUGAGAAAGGGCUUGUGGUGCAACAAGGCACUUGGGACUACAAAAUUCCUACAGUCGAUGCCAUCCCCAAGCACUUCUACGUUGAGAUUCUCAACACUGGACAUCACAAAAACCGUGUUCUCUCCUCCAAAGCUUCAGGUGAGCCACCUUUGCUUCUGGCAGCGUCUGUUCAUUGUGCAACGAGAUCAGCCGUUAGAGAAGCUCGAAAACAGUCCCUUUCAUGGAACUGCAAUGAUGGGAAUCGAGACGGACCUGAUACGGAUUUUGAGUUGCCAGUUCCAGCAACUAUGCCUGUGGUGAAGUCUCUUUGCGGAUUGUAUAGCGUAGAGAAGUACUUAGAAGGAAAGAUCUGUGGGAAAUAA